AUGUGUUACCCGGCGUGGGAAGCUUUCUCAACAGUUCAGGAGACUGCCAACGUUCUUACCGCCGGUAGUACCCCGACAGUACAGACUCCGAGCGCCCUAUUACAAACGUUCCGAAGCUGGGUUGGAACCGGCCUGAACCGAGCUUACAUCCGCGGCGUUAUCGACGGAGGGAGCCAAAAGACUUUCAUCAGGGAAGACUUGGCUAGGAAGCUUAACUUGAAGGUUGUCGGGGAACGUAUCAUGCAACUCAACAUCUUUGCUUGCAGUGACUCAAACAGGUCUAGGCAGAAGUUCACCGUAGUUAGAAUUCAUAUUAGGGGCCAAUAUAAGACAACGGAUCAUGUCUUAGAAGCAGUCGUCGUGCCUUUCAUCUGCCAAAACAUCAUAGAAACUCCAGUAGAGCACACAUUUCUCAAGACUAUCCCAGGAGACAUCGCCGACAAGUUGAUGUUUCCAUCGAGUCAAGUGGAAGCGGGCAUAAGCCUUUUAAUUGGAGCGGACCAGAUGUGGAAAUUGUUGACCGGCGAGACACGCCACUCAUCUUGCAACACCGGGCUAGUAGCCAUCGCAACGACUUUGGGAUGGACCUUUCAGGGUCCAACGAGCACAGUGAGUGUCUUAUCAGAUAAUACCACAAAUUUGAUGGUGUACGUGUUGAACGUGGGAUGGGCUGACGAAGAAGAGGAUGCAGCGUUAAAACAUUUCUGGGAACUAGAGACCAUUGGAAUCGUGGAUGAACCUAUGGAUAAGAAACAACAGGAAGAAAAGGUGUUUGAGCAAUUCAAGGAAAACAUCAGACAUAAGAACGGUCGGUACGAGGUCGCGUUGCCGUGGAAGGAGACAAAAACGACCCUUGGAGAUAAUUACAUGAUUGCCAACACCAGACUCCGAAGUCUAGUACGCCGUCUCACACAAGAUGGCUCUAUCGCCCAGUAUGACAAAGCAAUACGUAGUUACUUUAAAGAUGGACACGCCGAAGAGAUAGAAUUAAAUGCAUCAACCUACAGAGCAGAUAACGUCGAUCAUUCAUCCGAAAAUAAGCCAUUUAAGUCCCCCGAGGUCACCAACAUGUUGGGAUUGGUGUGGGAUAAAAACGCGGAUUAUUUCAAGUUCUCUGCUCAUCAACUCUUGGAGAUACUUUCUACAAAUCUGAACACAAAGCGCUCCGUACUCAAGGCCUCGGCUAGGAUUUUCGAUCCCCUCGGUUUCCUGUCGCCGUAUGUCAUAAGAGGGAAAAUUUCAUUCCAACGUAUAUGGCAAUGCGGACUUGGAUGGGAUGAGGUUCUGACAGAGGCUCUUUUGCAAGAGUGGAAAUCCUGGUGCGCCGAUUUAACGGAAUUACCACAAAUCACGACGCCGAGAUAUCUGCUGGGUGUCGAAGGUGAAAGCGAGCUGGUGAUUCACAUCUUCACCGACGCUAGCCCUCUGGCGUAUGGUACCUGCGCAUAUCUCCGUGCAGUGAACAGGAAAGGAGAAGUCAGCGUGAAUCUGAUAUUUUCCAAGGCUAGAGUUGCUUCACUGAAGACACUAAACCUUCUACGACUAGAACUGAUGGGAGCGCUAUUGGGGGCGCGCAUUGCUACAUAUCUUCGUAGCUCAUUGUUGGGCCACACCGUUACAAUAUGGUACUGGACAGAUUCUACUAUAACACUUGGUUGGAUUAAGGGAUUGGCAGCCGAGUGGCAACCCUUUGUGUGCAAUAGGGUGGCAGAAAUACAAGCACUCAGUGAUUCGUCCAGUUGCCACCACUGCCCAGGUUACGAGAACCCAGCCGACGCUUUCACUAGAGGAAAGACUGUAGUACAGCUAGAGACUCAACAGGUACGGUGGUCAGGGCCGGAAUGGCUUGCCCUCGAACAGCGAAACUGGCCAGUUAGUACACCCGUAGAGAACCUUGAAGACAUUGAUGGGGAGAAACAGCAGCGAACCGGAAACGCUGCUGACUGUUGUACAUGA